CAGAAUGUGGGCAAAAAUUAUUUGUACAAUCCUAGUGAUAAAUUCAUAUUCAACUUUCUCUAAAGGAAGUGGUAUUCCUGAACAAGGACAGAAUAAGGAUUCAGACAUUGAAAUUCUUAAAGCGGAUGUUAGAUAUUUGACAGAAAGGUUGGAAAACUAUCAAGAUGUAAUGAUGAAUAUUCAAAACCGUAGAGACAUUAUGAAAAUUGAGAUCAAAACCCUUCGAGAUAAUUUUCAAUCUCUAGAUUCGGAGGUGGAAAAACAGCAGAUGGAAAAGGAGUCGGACAUUAAAAUUCUAAGAGCAGAUCUGGAAAGACUGAAAAACGAUAUAAUUAAUAAGAAUUCAAAUAUUCAAAAACUUGAAGCAGAGCUGAAACAACAGAAGAAACGUGAAGUGGACAAUGAAUCUCUCCGAGCGGAGGUGGAACGGCUGAGAAAGUUGGUGGAUGGACUUGUUAACCCACCUAAUUGUACAGAGGCCAAGUCAAAUGGGAUCAACGAAAUACUCCUUCCUAACUUUAGCAACCAAUCUUUUAAAGUUGCCUACGAUGUGGAAACUCGUGCCACUUAACGGGGAAAUAUAAUGAUAACACUUCUCACAAGGGCGUCAAUUGGUUCCAUUUCCGGGGUCACGAUUACUCACUUAAAACAGCAGUGAUGAUGAUAAGGCCGAGAAAGUGAAUACGUGUCCUCUAAUAUAUCACAAACUGUUUUAAUGAUUUAUUUUAAUGACUUGUAAAAUAAUGUAAUCUAUACUCCAAUAUGCAUAUUGGCUGAUAAUUGAAAUAAAAGUAAUUGACAUUAUC